AUGGCUACAGGAACAUCUGGUGUUCGCCGUAUGGCGCCACUGCUGCGUCCAUCAAGACUCGACUCUGGCGUCUGCCGAAGCUGUCAAGAAACUCUGGGUCGUCGCAAUUAUGCUUCAGCGGCUGCAACCGAAUCUACAUCUACAUCGCCCGCCCCUUCCUCUUCCAUAAACCCCGUCUACACCAUCAAUGCCGGUGUGGUUCUCUCCCGCCCACCCCAGAUCACCCGUGACCUCGAACCCUUCGAAAAGGCAUUUUUCUUCUACCAGAAGCGUCUGAACGAGCGUUUGGCCCUCCCUUUCACUAAAUACUUCUACUUCAAGCGUGGUACCCCGCUAGACGAGGACUGGAAGAAGAAGAUCCAGGUUCGCCAAACUGCCGCGCGUGACAUUGGCAAGUACAACGCGUACGCCAAUGAUGCUUGGAACGAUGAGCUUCUUUUGGGAUCUCAGGAAUCAGAGCCGGAAUACCAGGUUGAGCAACUAGUACUGGAUGCGGAGUCGACUGCCAAUGCGACUUCUCAGGAUACCAGUAAAAAGGAGGAGAUCCCGCGACCACACUCACGAGUGACGGAGGCUGAUAAGACGGGCGACCAAAAGAGUCUGAACCGUUUGUUGCCCAGGACUCUGUACCUCCUGGUUCAGUCGAAGGAGGGCUACUGGAAGUUCCCCAGCACACCAGUGCAAGCACAAGAGACUCUUCGUGAGGCUGCUGAGCGCACUCUUUCCCAAACCGCCGGUGUCAACAUGAACACCUGGAUGGUCGGUUUCCACCCUUCCGGUCACCACGUCCACAACAACUUCAAGGCCCGUGUCGAUAAGGCCACCGGAGCUGAGACCCACGGCGAGAAGACUUUCUUCAUCAAGUCUCGCAUCAUGGCUGGUCAGGCCGACCUGACAGCCAGCGCUGAGAGCCUGAAGGAUUUCAAGUGGUUGUCGAAGGAUGAGAUCCCCCAAUACGUGUCGCAGGAAUACUACAGCAACAUCAAGAACAUGCUGGCUGAUCGGUAA